CUCAGUGCGUGUGGGAGAGACUCGCACACAGGGAAAUGUCUGCCCUGAGACGCAACAAAAGCCAGAAGAUCCCAGUCAUGAAGGAGGCUGCACGAAUGUUGAAGGGACUGCACUGAGCUGUGAGGGCUCGGGAGAGCAGUUGCCCCGCGUGUUUUCUGUUCCGGUUGCCUUUAGGCUUCCAGUCCCAGUGGCUGAGGUGGAACCCCACUUGUGGCUCAGCAAUGUUCUCUCUCAAGCAACCCAAACCUUCAUUUAGAUCCUACCUUCUGCCUCCUCAGCAAGAAGACAAACUAAAUCCAGAGACAAAGAUAAAAAAGCUGAAAGCGGUCCUUCUGCCAGGGGAGAUAGUGGUGAAUGAAGUGAACUUUGUCAGGAAGUGCAUUGCUUCUGAUACAAGUCAGUAUGACCUCUGGGGGAAAUUGAUCUGCACCAACUUCAAGAUUUCCUUCAUUACCGAGAACAGCGUGCCCUUCCAGAGAUUCCACUAUAAGAACCUCCUCCUGGGUGAACAUGAUGUCCCUUUGACGUGCAUAGAACAAAUUGUUGUAGUUAAUGACACCAAGAGAAAGCAAAAGAUUCUCUCUCACAACCAGAAACUGAAGUUUAACCCUACAGAACUUAUUAUUUAUUGCAAAGAUUUCCGCAUCCUGCGCUUUCGUUUCGAUGAAGCUGGCCCAGAGAGUGCCAAAAAGGUAUGCCUUGCACUUGCUCACUAUUCCCAGCCAACUGAUCUCCAGCUUCUUUUUGCAUUUGAAUAUGUCGCUCAAAUGUAUCAUAAACCAGAAUAUAAAGUCAAUGGGAUAGACCCUGGAGGAGGAGGGGACUUUUGCCAAAGAACUCCUUUAUUUGAAACCUACUCUGACUGGGAUCGAGAGAUAAAACGGACAGGGGCUUCAGACUGGAGAGUUUGCUCUGUAAACGAGGGAUACAUGAUUUCUACAUGUCUCCCAGAAUAUUUUGUUGUCCCUUCUUCUUUGGCCGAUCAGGAUUUGAAGCAGUAUUCACAUGCGUUCGUUGGAAGGCGUAUGCCAUUGUGGUGCUGGAAUCAUUCCAAUGGGAGUGCCCUGGUGAGGAUGGCAAGCAUUAAAGAUCUGUUACAGCAAAGGAAAAUAGGCCAAAGGGUUUGCAGUGGAAUCACCCGCAGCCACCCUCUACGGAGCGAUGUUUACAAGUGUGAUCUAGAUCAUAAUGUGCCCAGUAUCCAGGACAUCCAGGCGGCAUUCAGCAAACUCAGACAGCUGUGUGUGAAUGAACCGUUUGAUGAAACAGAGGAGAAAUGGCUUUCAUCCCUUGAGAACGCACAAUGGCUUGAAUUUGUCAGGACAUUUCUGAAGCAGGCUGCUGAACUUGCAUAUGUGCUCGAUUUCAGCCGGCGUUCUGUGGUUUUGCAAGAAGAGGAAGGCCGAGAUGUCAGCUGUCUGGUGGCCUCUCUUGUCCAGCUCAUGCUCGAUCCAUACUUUCGGACCAUUGUUGGCUUCCAGAGCCUGAUACAGAAGGAGUGGGUCAUGUCUGCAUAUCCAUUUCUUGACAGGUGUAACCACUUGAAGAGAUCUGAGAAAGAGAGCCCACUGUUUGUGCUGUUCCUGGAUUGUGUUUGGCAGCUACUACAGCAGUACCCAGCAGCUUUCCAGUUCACAGAGACUUACCUGACCGUGUUACAUGAUAGUACCAGGAUCUCACUGUUUGGAACAUUUUUGUUCAACUCCCCUCACCAGCGUGUGCAACAGAGCACUGAAUUUGCUAUUGCCAGAAAUAUCCAGUUGGGAGAAGAAAAGGGCCUAAAGUUUCCCUCUGUGUGGGACUGGUCCCUACAGUUCUCUGCCAAGGAUCGGGCUCUGUUCAAUAACCCCUUGUAUAUAGGAAAGAGUGUUCCGUGUGUGCAGAAUGGAGCUGUGAAAUCCUUCAAGCGCACAAAGAACUACAGUUCCACAAUGCGUGGGAUGCCGCCCUCUGUGAAGAAUGGAAUGGCGAUUCAGCAAGACUUUAUGCCUCGCAGGAACUCUCUAAUACUUAAACUGAAACCUGAAAUUCUCCAGCAAGUGCCAGUAAUAAUACCCAGCAGUGGCUUUGAGCAGUACCUCAGAGACUGGUUUACCAAACCUGCAGACCUGCAUGGGGUGAUCCUACCCUGCCUGCAUGGAACACACAUAAAAUUAUGGAAGCUUUGUUACCUUCGCUGGACACCUGAAGCACAAAUUAACCAUGGUGGCUUUAUUACAGCCUUCCAUAAAAUCUCUCUUUUGGCAAGUGAGAUUGAACUGCUGCAGUCAAGACUGCGUCAAUAUAGGGCUUAUCCACUAUCUACUGUCACUUCCCCUGUAGGAGAACAAAACCGAAUGUUCUUCAGACCAGACGAGUUACACAGCAGCAAUGGAAGCUUGGACAUUCUCACCUCAUCUUUUCCAUUCUCCCCUAUUGGGAACUUGUGCCGCCGAAGUAUUUUGGGGACCCCUUUAAGCAAAUUUAUAAAUGGUGCCAAAAUAUGGCUAUCAACUGAAACACUUGCAAAUGAGGACUAAGGUGCAUUGGGAUGUAUGCUGCAUUCUGCAGGAUUUGGAUGUUUUUAUUGUGAUAUAGAGGUGAGGCUUUUGCACUGAAUUCGUAUUGUAGAAGCGCUAACAUCAGUGUUUUAAAGGAACAGUUCAAUGUAGAAAUAAAAACUGGGUAAACAGGCUGUGCAAAAUAAAAAAUGUUUCUAAUAUAUGUUAGGCAAAAAUGUUAUGUAAAAUGGCUGGAGUGACUGGAUGUCUAACAUAAUAGCCAGAACAUUACUUCCUGCUUUGCAGCUCUUAAACUCUGAGUUAGUUAGCGACAUAAAUGUGGGCCACAUGGGACAUAACUGUUCAGUGAGUUUGCAAUUGAUCCUUAGCAUUCAGCUCAGAUUCAAAACAACAGUUAUGACCCAUGUGGCCUCCCUCAAGUUUCUGAUUGAUAACCAGUCAGUGGAAACCAAGAGAGCCAAGAGAGACAUCCAGUCACUCCAGCCUCUAUACACCUAUCUAUUUACCCAGUUUAUAUUUUUAUACUGAAAAAUUCCUUUAAGUAGAAGAAAUAUGGGUGCAUCAACUCGUGGAGUGUUUGUGUGGCAUUGUGAACUAUGCGUUUCUAGAGAAUGAAAGUGUUCUUGGAUGUUUAGGCUGUGGCUCUCCUGCGCUGCACUCCAAAACAACUUCAGCUAUCAACAUUUUUGGAGCUGUACUGUAGUUUGGCAAAUGACAGACAGCCACAUUGCAGCUCUAUGUAAUUAGAUGUUUGGAUGCCUUUAUGUGAUGCUUGGAAUUCGCAAAAACACCACUUACGUAUAUUGAAAUUAUUCAGAUUUGUGUACUAAAAGCUGUGACUGAACUUACACAUAAUGACAGACUUCAAUUUACAACUGUGGUGCUGAGGUUGCGCCUAUACUGGGGGGCACAUUUCCAAAACUGCCAUUGUGACUUGCACUCAACCAGGUACAAGACAGACAUCAGCCUUGCAAAGAAUAGAAUCUCUGUACCUCCAAUAUAUGCACUGAUUAGCACAUUCAUUACUCCAGUAAUGUCUCUGUGGAAAGCGUCUCCCUUCCUUGAGGUAAUACUGAUGUCACUCAAUGUCCUGUGCUCAGGGUACAACUUGUAAAUGAGCUGCCUCAGUGCAUUCCAUUCUUGGUUUGAGCUUUGAUCAGAUUACAUGUUACCUUUUUUGUAAAUUUUAGGAAAUGUAUGAAUAGGGUACAAAUUAUUACUUAAGCUAAGAUAGUCUUUGUACAUUUUCCUGAGACUGGAAAGUAUCUCAGUUGGGUACUCUUGAGUUUGAUCAAAUCUGUGGAAAAUAACCUGCAAGGUAAUGUGCACUGUUAAUCUCUGUUUGUAGAUAAUAUAGGUUUAGAAGUGCCUUAAGAGACCUUAAAUUAAAAUAUGUAUAUAGUUAGAGUUUAUAGGUUGAUAACGGUGGUACGGUUACCUGCAUAGACCCUUUACUAAAUGAACUGCAUUUAUGCACAGUUAGCAAAUACCAAAUCCCAGCUUUGGUAAAUCCUAGUUUUAAAUGAUAAAGAACCACCAAGGCAAAACAAAAUUUAAAUCCACGAAGGUUAAAGGAAAUAUUCAGAAAGUGAAAAAAAUCUACAUACAUCAGAAAUGUAGAAUUUACAGCACUGGAAUUCUAUAAUUUGGGUCCAGUCCUUGCAGUAAUGGAAUUCUAACUCUAUAGGAGAGUAUUGGGUAUGAGCAGUGAUCCAUAUCUGACAUACUGUUACAGGUAUGGGACCUAUUAUGCAGAAUGCUCGGGACCAGGGGUUUUCCAAAUAAUGAAUCUUUCCGUAAUUUGCAUCUACAUACCUUAAAGGAGAAUUCAAACCAUAAAAAAACUCAAUCCCCAAACUUUACAUAGACGCUGCUCCCCCAACCUAGGUGUUACCCUGGGUAAAUGCCCCUAGCUCUUUACUUAGCCUUCAUUGCAGGUUCAGGGCAUCGGAGUUCACAGGCACCAUCAUCUUCUCUUUGGUAAUCUUCAGAAUGAGAGUGGUAUAUCAGUGCAUGUGCAGUUUGAGCAAUAUUCCGUUUUGCGACAAAUGUGCCAAAAGUCACGGGAAUUGCUGAAGUGAAGGAAGAAAAUCCGUAGUUACUGAAAUGCUGGAAGAUGGUGCCCAUGAAUUCCUCUUGCCCUGAAUCUGCACCGAGGGGUAAGUAAAGCAUUAGGGGCAUUUACAAGUGGUAGUAGCUAGGGUUUUUUUCAUUAAGGGUUUAGUUCUCCUUUAAGUCUACUAGAAAAUCAUGAAAACAUUAAAUAAACCCAAUAGGCUGGUUUUGCCUCCAAUAAUGAUUAAAUAUAUUUUAGUUUGGAUCAAGUCCAAGAUUCUGUUUUAUUAUAACAGAGAAAAGGAAAUCAUUUUUAAAAAUCUGGAUUAUUUCAUUAUAAUCGUCUACGCAAUUCGGAGCCUUCUGGAUAACUGGUUUCCGGAUAACGAAUCCCAUACCUGUAAUACUAAAUAAGCAAGUACCAUGAGAAAAAUAGCAAGUGAUACUAUUGUCAUCUGCAAUAUUUUCCUCUUUUUCAUUUCAAUAUUGCAUAUACGGAUAUGUGUUGAUUGUUUAAGCCAAUUCUUCCCUCCACCUUGCCUGUACAGGUGUAGGAUCUAUUAUCCAGAUAAGGGGCCUUUCUGUAAUGGGAAGCAGUGUCAUAAGGCUACUAAAAACACUGAAUAGUUUUGCCAACAUGGACUUGUGCCAUCUUAUUUAACUUUUAAUACAAUGCUGCUGUCCUUCAAAGCUUUCUGUAUAAUCUGUUUCCAGAUAAUAGAUCCAGUACUUGAUAAAUAUUAUUGUGCUGUGUUAUGAUAGAAGAAAGCAUAUGACAAGAUUUUUGAACUUGAUGUUGCUGCCGUGGUCUCCCAGUGAGUGGAUGGGAAAUGCCCAAGUGUCAGAACUGGUGACUGUCAGGAAAAGAACAUAUUUGUGUCAGACCUUUCUGGACAGUGAUGGAAGAGGAAUUAAAAUCAUGGUUUGAUUUGAACUGGUGAUGUUGAGUGGCAAAGCACAUGUUAUUUAAGCGCAUAUCCAAUAGAACCCUUAAAAAAGCAAAAAGACAAGUUUUGCAUUGGUGACAUUUCUAAUGAAAAAUAUCAGCAUACAUGAUAAAGAAUAAAAGCCAAGUAUGUUUAGUCUGAUUUAUGGUCAGGGUGCGCUUCCUUUUGCUUGUUGGCUGCCAGCCAUUUGCACUAUGUACUACUGUGUGUUACAUUUGUGUAUAAAGUAUCAAUGACUUGUGUCUA